AAUAUAUUAUUAUUUUAUUUGAGAGAAAAAGAAGUACGAUUCAUUCAACUUAUCACCUUCGGUCGUAUUCAAGAUUUACAUAGACAUAUCACUCGAUUUUCGGAUUUAACAUUCAAAGAAAGCCAAACUACAAAAGAAUAAAAGAAAUAUUUUCAGCCUCAUGCCAGCAAUGCGAAGUAAUCGAGGUUCCGGCCCAAUUUUAGCCGGACAACGGUCACCCAUUAAUCCUCCAACACUCAUCGAGUACAAUCAUCUUCGUUUCUUGAUCGCAGACGCUCCAUCAAACAAUAACCUAAGCUUGUAUAUGCAGGAAUUUGAACGAUACAACGUAACUGAUGUUGUCCGUGUUUGCGAUCCUACUUAUAACACCGAUCCUCUUUUAGCUCGUGGAAUCAAAGUUCAUGACUGGGUGUUUGGUGAUGGCGAUGCUCCACCAUCCCAAAUAGUAAAUGAAUGGCUUGAUCUUGUUCAAACUCGAUUCUGUUGCAAUGACGAUGAUGAUAGGCCUGCAAUCGCUUGCCAUUGUGUAGCUGGACUUGGACGUGCUCCUGUACUAGUAGCGAUUGCAUUGAUUGAGUCUGGUAUGUCCCCUCUCGACAGUGUGGCAUUUAUUCGCCAACGACGUAGAGGUGCUAUUAAUAACAGACAACUCAAGUAUAUUGAAAAUUACAGAAGAAGAACCAAGUCUGCCAAAUGUGUUAUAUGUUGACUCCAUGAUCCUUCCAUAUUAUUAUUUGAAUUUUUUUCUUUUUUCUUUAAAGAUUUUAGUAUUUUGUAUUUGACAACGGGUUGGGGUUCCAAACAAAAUUGUAUAAGUAGUAGAUUCCAGUAUAUUAAUACUGAUCGGAAAGGCGGUCGGAAGGAAAAAUUUAGACGGGGAAAGAAGAAAAUUCGUGGUGUUCUAUCAUCAUUUUGCUUACAAUCACAUAUCCUCUAUUGCCUAUCCCGAUCACCUAAUUCAUCUAUUGAUACCACCGCCCUUGUCUAUAAAAGUCUUUUACAUUCAUUUCUUUAUUAUAUUCCUUGUUAUUUUUAUAGAAGUUCUUAUGAAUUAAGAAUAUUUUAUCCUAGUUUUGUAGUUCAUUUUGAUAAUGG